AUGAAGUUCAUUAUUCCAGCGGCCGCCUUGUUCGCGUUGACUUCAGCAGCGGUCAUUCCACAUACCCGAGAUGUUCCAUCACUCGUCGAACUCGACAAGGCCGACCCAGAGGCCUUCAAAUUCUUUGUAAGAAGCGAUGUCAAAGAUGAAGCAGAAGUCUUAUCCGCCCGCUCCUCUGAAGAACAGCCAACACCAACAGCCGACGAACUUGUCGUACGGGGCCGAACAGACCCAAUCACAGGAGCCCCAUCUCCAGUAACCGUGCCACAACCUGUUACUCCCCUCGAGGAUCGUGCCACACCAACAGAAGACGAACUUGUCGUACGGGCCGUAACAGACCCAAUAACCGGAGCCCCAUCUCCAGUAACCGUGCCACAACCUGUUACUCCCCUCGAGGAUCGUGCCACACCAACAGAAGACGAACUUGUCGUACGGGCCGUAACAGACCCAAUAACCGGAGCCCCAUCUCCAGUAACCGUGCCACAAGCUAAGGAGAACGGCGUCAAGAGACGCGGAACACCCGUUGAGUCAGCUGUGAAGAGACAAGCUUCGAACUUAUUCAUGAGUACCGACCCUCUUCCACCACCUAAGAAGAACGGCGUCAAGAGACGCGGAACUCCAGUUGAGUCAGCCGAGAAAAGAGAAGAGUCGGGCUUUGGUACCCCUGAGUCUAUUCCAAAGCGAAGCUUGACCGACAACGCGGACCUUGAGGAAGUUAUGAACCUCUUGAACAGACGAGGUGUCUCUAAGCGCCAACCUGAAGGAGGCGACAAGCUUCUAAAACUCCCCCCACCGGUUGUCGAGCGCGCAGUCGGUGCUUCCGUUGGAGAGGCCGCAGAAAUGCCUUCGUACAGUGGGCAGAAACGCUCAUCAUCGAAUGCUGAUUCUGGACCGAAUGAAGCCUCUUUAGUGGCACGGAACAAGGCCGCUGAAAAGCUUGUUGGUGCAACAAUACCUAGACCAAAGUUGACAAGCAAGAAGAACUCAACUGGUAGAAUCUGA